UUGCAUCAUAGAGCUUAGCUACUGUAUGUAUCUAGGUUAGUGGUAAUCAAUUGCUUAUCCGUUGAAUCCUGAGAGCUUCAUCAUCUUGGAGGGGCAUUUUCCCAGCCGACUGUCGGAAAACACAAAUAGCAUUUCUCGCUCCCGGUCGCAAUGCGAACUACAUCAUGGCCUACGUAGCGCCGAUCCACCGGCCGAACAGCAUCCGCCAUGCUGUGCGAGCUCGACUAUUCCCCGGCGAAGACGAAGAAGACGAGUGCCUCGUGGUGGCAAAGGCCAACCGCCUUGAGUUCUGGAAGCUUGACCACGAAUCGGAAAGCUUGGUCCUUGUCGACACCAAGGUCAUUUUCGGCGCAAUUUCCAUGCUCCAGAAAGUGAGCCCAAAGGAUGCGGAGCUGGAUUUAUUGUUCGUCGGGACUGAUCGGUUCCAUUACUUCACUCUUGGGUGGGACCCCGAGACAAAAGCCCUCGAAACUAUCCAGUCGUUUAAUGAUAUGAACGAGAAGCACAUGCGAGACUCCCAGAGCCAAGACAAGUGCAUCACGGACCCGACCGGUCGAUACAUGGUAGUUCUGCUCUGGGAGGGCGUCUUGAAUAUAUUGCGUCUUGGCUCACGGAAGAACGCCCGGCUCGAUAUACAAUGGCAGGAUCAGUGUAGGAUCAACGAGCUCUUCAUCAAGUCCGCUACCUUUCUGCACGUUGAAACCGGCAAGCCCAAGGUCGCCUUCCUCUACCAGACUCGUACAGACAUUCCUGAUGCCCAAGUGGUCACAUAUAACCUUUACUCGGACGAGAAGAACACCCAGGUCUCCCGUUUCGAGCCACGAGAUCAGGUGGACCGCUUCGAAAUCCAGGACCCCGGUGCAGCUAUGCUAAUACCUGUUGGCCGCGGCCAAGAAGAUCACAAGCGCUACAUCAUUCGGAAUGCCGCACAAGCCCGAGCUCAGCUUGGUGGAUUUAUUGUUGUCGGCGAGACAAGGCUACUCUACUACGAUGACGCCGCAAAGAAGACGGUCGAAUCUGCAUUAACGGAAGCUUCCAUUUUCGUUGCAUGGGCCGAAUACGAUGUUUCGCAUUAUUUCGUUGCCGACGAUUAUGGCACAAUGUGGCUUCUCGAGAUCGUACUGGACGGUGGGGCAGUCGUGAGUGGACUGGAGAUGAAAAAAAUCGGCGUCACGUCGAGACCCAACACUUUAACCUAUAUUGGAAGCGAUUUACUUUUCGUAGGAGCCCACUAUGGAGACUCGCAAGUUUUCAAGGUCAAUGCCGAAGGGGACUGGACGCUGGAACAAGUCCAGGAGAUACCCAAUAUUUCGCCUGUCUUGGAUUUCACAAUCAUGGACAUGGGCAACCGGGAGGGCGAAGAUCAGACCACUAACGAAUACUCGUCAGGACAAGCCAGGAUUGUAGCCGGCAGUGGUGUGUUCAAGGAUGGAAGUCUGCGUAGUGUACGAAGUGGUGUUGGUUUGGAAGACAUUGGUAUCUUGGCUGAGAUGGAGGGCAUUCAAGCACUGUUUCCUAUUCGAUCACAGGCUCCUUCAAAAGCUGAUACACUAUUCGUCUCGUUUCUGCUGGAGACAAGAGCGUUUGUGUUCCAACCGAGCGGAGACAUUGAGGAAAUCGAUAGCUUCAAAGGUCUAUCGCUGCAGGAACAAACUCUUUUGGCCCUGAACAUUUCCCAGGGCCGCCUAUUACAAGUCACACCUACCACUGUGUACCUCGUAGACCUCGAAGGUGGUGUCGUUAUAUCUACCUGGCAACCUUCGAAUGGUGGAGCGAUCACAAACGCCUCCGCAAACGACAAAUGGAUAUUACUCUCUAUCGACGGACACAAUCUUGUAUCUCUGCAGAUACAGCAAGAUCUGGCAGAAGCUCAGCAAAAUGAGCCUGCCGACAAUGAUCAGAUCGCGUGUGUUCAUCUUCCUCCUCAGUAUUCGAACAUUGGAGUCGUGGGAUUCUGGAAGUCUGGAAAAGUGUCGAUAGUCAACCUAGAGACAUUACAGCCUUUGCACAGCGAAUCUCUGAGACGCAAGGAUGAUACCACCUCAAUUCCUCGCGAUUUGGCAUUGGCACAAAUAGUGCCGCCAUCAAUAGGUGGGCCCACGUUAUUCGUCGCCAUGGAAGAUGGUCUAGUGAUAACCUUUAACGUUGCGGCCUCGGAUUUCUCUCUCUCGGCUAGAAAGAGCAUCGUUCUUGGUACAAGAUAUGCCCGCCUGCAACUUUUGCCGCUACAAAACGGCAUUUACAAUGUUUUCUCCUCAAGCGAACAUCCCAGCUUGAUAUAUGCAAGCGAAGGCCGAAUCAUCUACUCGGCAGUGACGGCUCAGGACGCUAUCUGCGUAUGCUCUUUUGAUUCCGAAGCUUUCCCGAACUCCAUCGUUGUGGCCGCUGAGAAUCAGUUGAAAAUAGCUGUGCUCGAUCGCGAGCGCCGCACGCAUGUCAAGAGCCUGCCGAUGGGGCAAACCGUAAGAAGACUAGCAUACUCACGAAAUGAGCGCGCCUUCGCGCUUGGUUGCAUCAAGCGAGAGGUCGUUAACAACGAAGAAGUUAUCACCAGCACCAUUAAGUUAGUUGACGAGGUAAUCUUUGACAAAGUAGGCCACGACUUCGUCUUAGAUACCUCUUCUAGCCUGGAAAUGGUUGAAGCUGUCAUACGUGCCGAGCUACCUGACUCCUACGGUACACGUGCAGAGCGAUUUAUCGUUGGCACAAGCUUCCCGAACGAUACGCAGCCUAACCCCGGCUCUAAAGACAACGUCAAAGGUCGGAUUCUAGUGUUUGGCAUCGACAGCGAAAGGAAUCUGUACCAGAUUGCAUCGCACAAUCUCAAGGGAGCAUGCAGAUGUCUUGGUGUCGUCGGAGAUAAUAUUGUAGCAGCACUGGCAAAAACGGUUGUCGUUUAUCGGUAUAACGAGGUGACAUCUUCCUCUGCCAAGCUGAACCGCCUGGCCUCUUAUCGCCCGUCCACGUACCCGGUAGAUCUUGCUGUCGAAGGGAGUAUAAUUGCCGUGGCGGACCUCAUGAAGUCGAUGACGCUUAUCGAGUUCACUCCUCCCCAGGAUGACCAGCCUGCAAAACUAGAGGAAAUCGCUCGGCACCACCAUGCCGCUUGGGCCACAGCUGUUGGCCAUGUGGAGGGAAGCUCAUGGCUCGAGGCUGAUGCCAAUGGCAACCUCAUGGUGUUACGCCCCAAUGAGCAAGGCGCAACUGAAGAGGACAAGAAACGAAUGGACAUCCUAGGUGAAAUGAAUCUUGGUGAAAUGGUGAACCGGAUCCGUAAGGUUACAGUUGAUUCGAGCGAGAGUGCCAUUGUUGUGCCACGAGCAUUCCUUGCAACAGUCGAAGGAGGUAUCUAUCUUUUUGGGACGAUUUCCUCCCGCUACCAAGACUUACUCAUUCGAUUCCAAGCAAACCUCGUCCGCGUCAUCAAGACAAUAGGGGACAUCCAGUUUGACACUUAUCGCUCCUUUCGCAAUGAACAACGGGAAGGCGCUGGGCCAUUCCGUUUUAUCGAUGGUGAAUUGCUGGAGCGUUUUAUAGAUAUGGAUGAGAAUGUGCAGGAGGAGGUCUGUAGCGGCUUAGGUCCAGAUAUUGAAACCAUGAGGAACUUGGUGGAAGAGUUGAAGCGACUCCAUUGAAGAUGUUAUAGUUCGUACUGCACCAAUGAGCAGUCACUGUAUAAGCUCGUCCAAUCACCUGAUAGAUAUUGUCAUAACGAAACCGAAAGUCAUCUUAACU